AUCCUAGAGGACCAUUUUGACUGGGUGGACAUGGGGUCACAACAUGUUGUCUGUCAAAGCAUAUAUGUGCUGUGGAUGAAGGAUGCCACUGAUGCCUCAAACUAUGUGGGGCAACACUCUGUACUUCAUGAAUGGAUGCUUUGCAUGAGGGUGGUUUACACUGAUGCUGAAGCAGUGUUUCAACUUCUAUGUGGUUUACCUCAUACUGGGAUG